AUGGAAGAAAUUCAUUUUCCCUGGCCAGGAAAAUAUAUUGGAACAUCAAAUGAUUUUAAUAAUAUUUUCAGUAUCAAAAAGAUUUCAUUGAUUCAAUUUAAAAGAUUCAAUGACCAUAAAGUACAUGCCGAGGCAAGAUUAUCGAAUGCAUCUGAACAACUAUCGGAAAUAAAAAAAGUUGCAAAAAAAGAAAUUUUUGAAUUUAAAUUAAAAUUGAAAGAUUCAGAAUCUAAAUUAGCAUUGAAAAAAGAACAAAUCUAUGAUAUUGCCAAAUCAUGUAAAAUACCUUUUUCAAAAGCUCCAAUUCACAACAGCAAUGAAUCUUUUAAAGAGUCAAGAUGUUAUAACCACUCCAAUCAUUACUCAAAAAGUAAUGGGUCAGAAAUGGCAGAAUGUGAAGAGCAAUAG